AUGAGAUCAAACGUGUUAAGGACGGCCCAAUGCGGGCUUAGAUACUUAUCACGACGGCCAUUAUCUCAUGGUCCCAAAGUCGCACAUCAGAUUUAUAGAGGCUUUGCGGCAACACCCGUAACUAGAGAAGAAAGACAAUGGUCAACACCUCUAGCCAAACAAUUGGCCGAGGCCAUAAAUAUAACUGGUCCUAUUCCUCUGGCUAGCUAUAUGCGCAUGUGUCUUACAGGGGACAUUGGUGGAUACUACACAGGAGCCAUAGAAGCCGGCCGCGAUCAAUUUGGUCGGAAGGGUGAUUUCAUAACAUCCCCGGAAAUAUCACAGAUAUUCGGCGAACUUAUUGGCGUAUGGUUUGUAGCUGAAUGGAUGUCUCAAGGUCGCCCGAAGCAGGGUGUAGAGCUCAUCGAAGUUGGUCCGGGUAGGGGAACUCUGAUGGAUGAUAUGUUAAGAACUAUAAGGAAUUUCAAAGAUAUGGCCUCUAGCAUAGACACCAUAUAUAUGGUUGAAGCUAGUGUUGAAUUACGCACGGCGCAAAAGAAUCUCCUUUGCGGCAAGGAUGCCGUAAUGACGGAGUCUGAGAUAGGUUGGCAUAGUACAUCAAAAUAUAAUGGCCUACCAAUCGUAUGGACGGAUUCUAUCAAGGCCAUCCCGCAGGACUCUAGCAAGACUCCUUUCAUAGUGGCCCACGAAUUCUUCGAUGCACUGCCAAUCCAUGCCUUUCAGUUGGUUGACUUACCACCAACUCAGAAACCUACUACGCCAGAAAGUAACAACAAGACCUCAAGUUCAGACUCCGCCGCCGCUCCUAAUCGCCAAUGGCGGGAGAUGGUUGUCUCCCCAACACCAAAAGGUACAACACACGCAGACCUCGGAACCCCCCAGGCCGAACGACACGACCCCGUCCCCGAAUUCCAGCUUACUCUCAGCCCCUCCGUAACCCGCCACGCGCAAUACCUCCCCGAGUCAUCCCCGCGUUACCGGGCUCUCAAAUCCAUUCCAAGCGCCCUCAUAGAAGUAUGUCCCGACUCCUCCAUAUACGCCUCCGACUUCGCCACCCGCAUCGGCGGCUCCAGCACCUCUCCCAAACCACGGCCUUCCGGCGCCGCCCUAAUCCUAGACUACGGGCCCACCGACACCAUCCCUGCGAACUCGUUGCGCGGGAUCCGGCAGCACCGACGUGUGAGCCCGUUCGCCGCCCCGGGACUGGUAGAUCUUAGCGCGGACGUAGACUUCGGCGCGAUAGUCGAGGCCGCAACGAUUGCUAGCCCGGGUGUCGAGUGUCAUGGGCCUGUGGAACAGGCGUAUUUUCUCGAGGCCAUGGGCGUUCAGCAGCGCGCUGAGAUGCUAUCGCGGAAGUUGGGGGCGGGGCCUAACGCCGAUGAGAAAAAGAAGGAGAUCGAGCGCUCGUGGAAGCGGUUAGUUGAUCGUGGGCCAAGCGGUAUGGGGAAGAUUUAUAAAGUCUUGGCUAUCCUACCGGAGAACGAGGGUAGGCGGAGGCCUGUUGGGUUUGGAGGGGAUGUGAGCCCUUAA